AUGGAAACACCUAUGAGGAAUAGCGAGGAUUUUAGCCAUUAUGUCGAUGGUACGAUGACACUAGCAGAAAUAGUGGAACAUCUGAGGGAAAUGUUCCCUGAAUUUUCAGGUCUUGACAUUGAGGAAGUUCUUGUGCAACAGGAAAACGCUUUUCUAAAUAUUCAACACAAUGAUCAGCAUGGGAUGAUAGCGUCUCCCUAUGAUCAAAUUGAAGAUAGGAGCGUGUAUUUCACAGACGAGACCCAUCAUGGAAAAGGUUUGAAUUCACAAUUGGCUCUUGAUGAAGCCUUAGCUUUAUCGUUGGAGUUAGGGGAUGACUUCGAUCAUUUAUUCAUUUCUGACAUUAGUUCUAGUGGAGGAGAUAAAGCUGGACCAUCUUCCAGAGAAACGUCUAUCGUGGGUUCGGGACAAAAUACAAGGGAGGACAAUAUCGAUCCUGAUAGGAUGACUUAUGAGGAAUUGCAAUCACUUGGAGAAUCUAUUGGCAAUGAGAGUAAAGGACUUUCUGCCGAUUUCAUCUCACGGUUACCGACUUUUAAGUACAAAGCUGGGAUGUCGUCAAAGAAAAAGAAAAUACAAAAGGAAGAGUGUGUAAUAUGUUGUGUUGAAUUCAAAAAUAACGUUGAGAUAACCACGUUGCCUUGUGCGCACCAUUACCAUUCAAACUGCAUCACACACUGGUUGCAACUUAAGAAGCAUUGUCCAGUUUGUCAGAAAGAAGUGAAAGAUGAGUAA